AGGUGUGACAGUCAAGGAAGAUGAUUCUGAUAGCCAUGCAAGUGCAAUAGCACAAAAAAGUAUGGACAUAUUUAACUGCGUGACAGAGGUGACAAAGAACUCCACACGUGCUGGUGGUCAUGUACUACAGAAUGUGAACCUAAAGGGUGCAUGGUGUUUGCUCAGUGGUCUCACAAUCCUGCUUGACCUUGUGGAGAAAAAGGAUAAGGAACUCGCCCUGAAGGUCAAAGAGGUCAAGGCCGAGGGGUCAAAACCGAAAGAUGGAGUAACUAAAAUUACAGCAAUGAAAAGUCAGCAAAUGUUUGGAGUGGUAUGUGGUGCCCUAGCCUCAGAGACAGUUGAACUUCUAUCCUCCCUAAUGGACGAUCUGAACCUAGAGACAAUGACUGCAGAUGCCCAAGGGAAUGACCUUCAACCUGCUGCCCUUAAUGGUGACCUUGGGGAAAGUGUCACAGCCUGGCAGAGGGUGAUGAGGAUUACCACAGACACAGAUCUUAUACGACUUUUACUACAGCUUGUCAAUCUGGCUUUGAAGAAGGCUGCAGCUCUCAAAAAACCAAGAGGUCACCAUGCCAACGCCAACGAUGAUACAUAUGAUAUUGAGAGUGACAGUUCGUCAGACUCCAAUACAUUCUAUGAGGAUGACUUCAGCAGCUCAGAUGACACCAGCGCAGAUGAAGAUGAUGAUUCUGAGCCUAUACUGGGGCACUGGUUUGAAGAAACGUUGGGCCCAGCUGAUAACUUGCCCCCACCCCCUCCCCCUGCCCCAGAGAAACAUCCACAUAGAAGCGAAGGAAGAGAUAGCCCUAGAUU